UACCAAACAUGGUAACAGCGGCAGUUGGCGACAUUAUACAAUUCCAGUUCAGUAACGGCAACCAUACUGUGACGCAGAGCGCUCAGGAUACGCCUUGCCAACCGCUCCAGGCUACCGUCGCGACCGCUAUCCACAGCGGGCAUAUUCCAUUCCAAGAUGGCCAGACGACAGUCGGCACAUUCAAUAUGCCCGUCACUAACACCGAUACCAUGUUCUUGUAUUGCGCGACGGGUCCACAUUGUCAACUGGGACAAGUCAUGGUCGUCAAUCCGUAAGUCGACUUACCUUGUCCACAGACCAUCUAGCUAACUAUGCAUAGCACGGAUGACCAGCAGAUAGUCAACUAUGCCAAAGGAGCCGCUUCCACGAACGCUAGUGUCGACGGCGGUGCCGUGUCCGGUGGAACCGUCGCCUCGAUCCCCCUUGCUGCCGCUGCUUUCAUCCCCGCUCCAGCCGAACAAGGGGCGCCCGCCGCUGCCCCUCCCGCAGCUCCGGCCCCCGCCGCCACAAACUCUUCGGCUUCUUCGGCGCCCGCAGCUAACCAGGCUGCUGUGACGCCCGAUGCUUCUCUCACUACUGUAACCCCGGCGGCAGGAUCCAUCAUUACGUUACCGUUGCUCGGGGAUGCCGCGGCGACCGGGACAACGACGACUACUAUUACGGUACCGGCGGUGACGGCUGCUUCGCCGGCUCCCGCGGCUUAAACGUCGUAGCGUGGGCGAGGACGCGGGGCGUGUUAGGUGAGAAUGGGAUAGAGUAUAUUCGAUUA